AGAUUGCACUGCAACCUCCCUGGGAGACAGCAAGAGGGAUAUUAAUCCAAGCAACAAACAAACAAGCACUACGGAACGAGAGGAGAAGCCGAAAUGACUCCAGUCAAGUUACUGCUUCUGGUGGCCAUCCUGGUCCACGUCGGGUCAACCUUCCCGUUCGAGAGAAAGCCGGUGGGCGCCGGGGGUCCAGGGGGCCGGGAGAAGGUGCAGUACGCCUCGUGGGACGACGUGAACGUGCUGGCCCACGGGCUGCUGCAGCUGGGCCACGGGCUCAAGGACCACGUCGACAAGACCAAGGGUCAGAUGAGGGACAUCACCGCCAAGCUCAAGGCCUUCAACGGCACCGUGGCCGAGCUGGGCAAGCUGACCCGCCGCCUGCAAGAGGAAGGGGACACGCUGAGGGAGAAAGCCAAGCGCCUGGGCCAGGCUGGGGAGGACCCCGUGCACAACGCUUCAGCCGAGCUGCAGGCCCUGGCCAAGGAUAUGGGGACGGAAAAGGAGCGCAUCCGGGACAGGGUGGGCAGUCUGGAGACCAAGGUGGACAUCCUCCUGAAGGCAGCGGGCUCCGAUGACGACAGCAACCGCAGCACCAGUGACACACACACACUCCAGUGGAUGCUGGAGACUCAAGGCAGACGCAUUGAUGAUCUGGUGGAGAGAAUCCGCCAACAGCAGGACAAGCUGGACAAACAGAAUGUGCGCUUGCAAUCUCUACAGGCAGAGGUGAAGCAAAGGAAGCUAAAGUCUGUGGUCACAAGGAAGGUGGAUGAUCUCCCAGUGGAAACAACGAUGGAACAGGCUGGCGCCUCAAACGAGGCUCCUUCCGACUGCCAUGAGUUGUUUCUCAGAGGGGAAAGACAGAGUGGAGUAUACACCAUCAAGCCUCUCAAUGCAAAGCCAUUUGAUGUCUUCUGUGAAAUGACUUCUGAACAAGGAUGGACAGUCAUCCAGAAUCGUGAAGAUGGUUCCCAGGACUUUAACAAGUUGUGGAGCGACUAUAAAACUGGCUUUGGCAGCCUGAAAGGUGAAUUUUGGCUGGGACUGGAGAAGAUGCUCUUGGUCGCCAAACAGAGGCCGCAUGUCCUGCAAAUGGACUUCUCUGACUGGAGGGGUGAAGUUCAGUCCGUCAGCUACACCUUCCAACUGGAUGGAGAGGAGAGUAACUACGCCCUGCAUCUGCAACCAACCACACCGGGCCUCCUGGAGAAUGCCUUGACCACAGGCCACGACGGCCUGCCGUUCUCCACUGCAGACAGAGACCAUGACCUCAAGGACGAUGCUAACUGUGCUUCGCAGCUAUCAGGUGGCUGGUGGUUCAGCAACUGUGGCCACUCAAACCUGAACGGUCGGUACCAAAGCGGCCCCACUCUAGCACAGAGGCAUAACCGGAAGCAGGUGGUCUUUUGGAAGACAUGGCAUGGUCGUUACUACCCUCUGAAGACAACUACAAUUAAGAUCGCUCCAGCUAUCAAGUCCUAAGCUAUAUUAGAAAAACUGACUGAUUGAAGUUGGCGGCGAAGUUGAUAUCAAGUAGAAGUUCAGUUCAUGCUCCCAAAUCUGCUUUAAUGGGGCUGAGAUGUUAUGUAAAUAAUGCAGUAUGCAGAUACAUUGAAGAUGAGGUGUAGGUCUAAUUUGUUUUAAAGGACUAUCAUUUGAACACUACAUUCAAAUGGAUUUCUCAAACACUUCACAAGAGAUAUUUUAGGGAUAAGAGUAUCAUUUUGAUGUUAUAUUUUUCCACAGUUUAACACUGACAGGUUACGACAAUGUUCUUUUGUAAAGAUGUAGCAUAGCACCAAGCCAGUUUUCUUGCCAAUAUGUUUGCCUAUUGAAUGAGGGAAGUUAUGCUAUCACAAUCCACAGUUGAGUGGAGAUGUAUUAUUUUGGUCACAUUGACUUCACUAUGGGACUCAGUCAACUGUUGUACAUAUCUAAGAUACUGUACAUAAUACUGCUGUAUGAUUAUUUUUGUUACUGUUCUGUCAUCUCUUAAUUUAAUGACUGUGAAAAGCACUUACAUGUUUUUUUAUACUUGUAAUUUAUUGAAUCUACUAUUAAGGUUUAAGCUAUGUGAACUAAACAGGAAACAAAGAUUUCCUAUAAAAGAAUGUCAAUUCUGUACAAUAAACCAGUCUCAAAAACUUA